ACAUAACAGAACACCUGCAUUCAUUCACAAAAGGGCAGAAGAGUUUGAGUUACUUAAGACAUGUUGUUGUAGUUGUUAUUGGUGCAGUUGGGGAAUUUUGAUCCUCUACAUCACAAUCACAACCCUAUGAUGGACCUCUCUAUGCAAAGGUUAAUGGAAGAGGUGACAAAAGAAGCUCAAGAAAAGGGUAGUGAUCCUCUUGUUUGGGCCAUUCAGAUGUAUUCCAAUUUGAACUCAUCUGGAGAGUCUUUACCCUCCUCACAACUUGCUCAAUUUUUGGUUUCUUAUAUUUGUUGGGAUAACAAUGUCCCUCUUCUAUGGAAGUUUCUAGAUAAAGCAUUGAUCCUCAAUAUAAUCCCUCCCAUGCUUCUUCUUUCUCUCCUUUCUCUAAGGGUUAUUCCAUGUAGACAUGUUCAACCUGCAGCUUAUAGAUUGUAUUUGGAAUUACUUAAGAGACAUGCUUUUCAACUUAAAUCUCAGAUUAGUAGGCCAGAUUAUCCAAAGGUCAUGAAAUCUAUAGAUGCUGUUCUUCAUCUUUCCCACAUAUUUGGCAUGUCACAAAGUGAGCCUGGCAUUGUGGUGGUUGAAUUUAUUUUUUCAAUUGUCUGGCAGUUGCUCGAUGCAUCGUUGGACGAUGAAGGUUUGCUAGAAUUCACUCCUGAAAAGAAGUCUAGAUGGGCAAUGCUAUAUCAAGAAAUGGAAUUGGAUGGACAUGACAACUAUAAUGAUAAAAACACCGAACAAAAUGAGAAAUUGCAUAGUGCAAAUACGCUAAUGGCAGUUGAGAUUAUUGGGCGAUUUUUGCAAGAUAGAGUAACUUCGAGGAUUCUUUGCUUGGCUCGCCGAAAUUUGCCUGCACAUUGGCUAAGUUUUGUCCAACGGCUGCAGCUGCUGGGAGCAAAUUCUUUAGCAUUGAGAAAAUCAAAAACUCUAAGUCCCGAAGCACUUCUGCAUUUGACUUCAGAUACUUGUAUGGUACUGUCUCAAGAAUCCAAAACAAAUUCACAGCAAAAGUUCCAUAAAGUAAUGGCUUUUGAAUAUCUUUCUUCUUCGGCAUCAUUGUGUCAUGGUGCAAGUCAUUCUGCUCUUUGGAUUCCUCUUGAUCUAGUGCUGGAGGAUGCCAUGGAUGGCUAUCAAGUUAGUGCAACAAGUGCUGUUGAAGAAAUUAGUGGUUUGAUAAAGACCCUCCGAGCAAUAAAUGGAACGUCUUGGCAUGACACUUUUUUAGGUCUUUGGUUUGCAAGUCUUCGACUUGUUCAGAGGGAAAGAGAUCCUAUCGAGGGUCCAAUGCCCCAUCUUGAUACCCGCUUAUGCAUGUUGUUGUGUAUCACACCUCUUGUUGUUGCCAAUCUUAUCGAGGAGGAAGAACCGAUACCUAUUGAUGAAAAAGACAGUGUUACAGAUCACUGGAAAGAGAAAAGGGUUCCAGGAAAAUGUCGUAACGAUUUAGUCUCAAGUCUCCAGGUAUUGGGUGAUUAUCAGAGCUUGCUCACUCCACCUCAAUCUGUUAUUACUGCUGCAAAUCAGGCUGCUGCAAAAGCCAUGCUAUUUAUUUCUGGCAUCACUGUAGGGAGUGCAUAUUUUGACUGCCUCGCCAUGACGGAGAUGCCAGUUGAUUGUUCUGGAAAUAUGCGUCAUCUUAUAGUUGAGGCUUGUAUUGCCCGAAAUCUACUCGACACAUCUGCGUACUUAUGGCCAGGUUAUGGGAAUGGACACAUCAAUCAAAGACCACAAUGUAUGCCAGCUCCAGUACCUGGCUGGUCAUCAUUUAUGAAGGGAGAACCACUUACUUCAGUGUUGGUGAAUGCUCUGGUUUCAAGCCCUGCAACAAGCUUAGCAGAACUGGAGAAAAUUUUUGAAUUUGCAAUUGCGGGAUCCGAAGAUGAAAAGAUAUCUGCUGCUACCAUUCUUUGCGGGGCAUCCCUAAUUCGGGGCUGGAAUAUACAGGAGCACACUGUUCAUUUCAUUCUCAGAUUAUUAUCUCCACGAGUUCCUGUAGAGAACACGGAAGGAAACAAUUAUUUGAUUAAUUAUGCUCCAAUACUUAAUGCACUCUUCGUUGGAAUUGCAUCGAUUGAUUGUAUCCAAGUAUUUUCGCUCCAUGGCUUGGUUCCACAGCUUGCAUGUUCAUUGAUGCCCAUUUGUGAAGUUUUUGGGUCAUGUGUGCCUAACAUCUCAUGGACACUUACAUCUGGGGAAGAAAUAUCAGCCCAUGCUGUGUUUUCAAAUGUAUUUAUUCUUCUUUUAAAGUUAUGGAGAUUCAAUCGUCCUCCUCUUGACCAUGGAAUCGGAGAUGUGCCCACUGUUGGUUCUCAAUUAACUCCCGAAUACUUGCUGUUAGUACGAAACUCCCACUUAAUGUCAGCUGGUAACAACUGCAAGGAUCGUAAUAGGAGGAGACUCUCAGAAAUUGCGAGUCUAUCUUCACCAAAUUCUGUAUUUGUUGACUCCUUUCCAAAAUUAAAAGUCUGGUAUCGGCAGCAUCAAGCGUGCAUAGCUUCGACGCUCUCUGGUCUUGUUCACGGAACCCCUUUUCAUCAAAUAGUUGAGGGACUUCUUAACAUGAUGUUCAGAAAGAUUAAUAGAGGAAACCAAACUACUAUUACUGUUCCAUCUGGAAGCAGUAGCUCUUCUGGUCCUGUAAAUGAAGAUGCCUCUAUUGGACCAAUGUUGCCUGCUUGGGAUAUUCUUGAAGCCAUUCCCUUUGUAGUUGAUGCUGCUCUCACAGCCUGUGCUCAUGGAAGACUGUCUCCACGUGAGUUGGCUACAGGACUUAAGGAUUUAGCUGAUUUUCUUCCUGCAUCUCUGGCAACCAUAAUAAGUUACUUCUCUGCUGAAGUAACUCGAGGAGUUUGGAAACCAGCAUUUAUGAAUGGAACAGAUUGGCCAAGUCCUGCGGCAAAUCUACUGAACGUAGAGGAACAGAUAAAGAAAAUCUUGGCUGAAACUGGUGUUGUUGUGCCUAGCCUUGCUCCAGUGGUCGCCAUUUCCACAGGAGACAGCUCUCCCGCCACACUUCCAUUGCCCUUGGCUGCCUUCACAAGCCUCACUAUAACCUACAAAGUUGACAGAUCAUCAGAGCGAUUUCUUCAUUUGGCUGGCCAAACAUUGGAGGGCCUGGCUGCAGGUUGUCCAUGGCCUUGCAUGCCAAUUGUAGCUUCCUUGUGGACCCAAAAGGCGAAACGUUGGAGUGAUUUCCUUAUUUUCUCAGCAUCUAGAACUGUCUUCCUUCACAACAGCGAUGCAGUAGUUCAACUUGUUAAAAGCUGCUUCACAGCUACUCUUGGCAUGAGUAGCUCCCCUAUCUCGUGUAGUGGUGGUGUUGGAGCCCUACUUGGCCAUGGAUUUAAAUCCAAUUUAUCUGGAGGGAUUUGCCCUGUUGCUCCAGGAAUUCUCUACUUGCGUGCUUACCGGUCAAUCAGAGAUAUAGUUUUCUUGACAGAAGAAAUUGUUUCCAUUUUGAUGCAAUCAGUGAGAGAAAUUGUUUGCGGUGGGCUGCCAAAGCAGCGAUUGAAAAAGAGUAAAGCAACCAAAGACAGCAUAAAAUACGGACAGGUUUCGCUUGCAGCAUCGAUGACAAGAGUGAAGCUUGCAGCUGCACUCGGGGCUUCUUUAGUGUGGAUAUCAGGAGGGUUGACAUUGGUUCAAUUAUUAAUAAAAGAAACUUUGCCAUCAUGGUUUAUAUCUGUUCACAGAUCAGACCAAGAAGAAAAGUCUAAUGGAAUGGUUGCAAUGCUUGGUGGAUAUGCACUUGCCUACUUUGCAGUGCUUAGUGGUGCUUUUGCUUGGGGAGUUGAUUCAUCAUCAUCAGCUUCUAAGCGGCGUCCGAAAGUUUUGGGCACCCACAUGGAGUUUCUUGCAAGUGCACUUGACGGUAACAUAUCACUUGGCUGUGAUCCGGCUACUUGGCGUGCAUAUGUUUCGGGUUUUGUGAGUUUGAUGGUAAGUUGUACGCCAAACUGGGUGCUGGAGGUGGAUGUCCAUGUUUUGAAGAGACUGAGCAAUGGGUUGAGACAGUUGAAUGAGGAGGAACUUGCUCUUGCUUUGCUGGGCGCUGGUGGGGUUGGUACAAUGGGUGCUGCAGCUGAGCUCAUAAUUGACACUGAAAUGUAAACACUUCACUAUGCACUUUUUUACAUUUUAGGAUGAAAUGUACAUUAGUUAAAUUUCAUAUAUAACAACAUAUGAGAUCUGUGUAGUUUCUUCUUUUGGGCUUAUAACAAGUUUGUUUGAAAAGUAGCACAUAUGAGAACUGAGAAUUUUGUAUGUAUUAAUGCUCAUCCUAACCUUAGUUUUUAACACAUCGAGUCAUGUUUGUCA